GUAAAGAAAUUUUCUUGCUUUUUGUGGUUUACACUUUCAUUCCCUUUCAAGCUUUUUGGGUUUGUAAAUUUUCUGAGUUGCUGAUGGUAUAUAAAUAACAAAACAAGUGUUGAAGUAUAUUAAAUUUACAAUAUCGGAUUUGUAUUGGCAUGAGAGAGGUUACUAAAAGUUAUAGACGCACACAUUAAUGUAAAAAGGUAAGGCGGGUUAUGGAAGGUGUUGGCAAUGAAGUUGCGGCUUCAAAUGAAACCCUAAUGGCAGCAACAAAAAGUGACGUAGUGAAGGAUGUGUAUUUAGUCACCAAGGACACUUUCAUUGUCGAACACAAAGAGAAAAGGGAUAAUGACUCAAUGCCAGAAUUGAAUGGCACUCGAGACGAAUUGCGUACGGUCCAACUAGAUGCUUUACCUGAUGAGAUACUAGAGUUCAUACUUACCUAUUUACCACCUUAUAAAGAUUUGGAAAGCUGCAGGCUCGUUUGUAAGCGUUGGAAUUCAGUAGUAAAAAAUUUAAUUCGACGCUCGAAAUUAAACUUACAUAAAGGCUUAAUUGAUUAUCGAUUAAGAUGGGAAAUUUUUUCACAGCAGACCGCUGCGAAUGUUGCAGAAUGUAAAAAUACAACAAAGAAUUUGGCAAUACCCCCUUCUCCGCCACCAGUUAUCGCUGGACGAUUUUCUCACUCAGCUGUAAGACAUGGAAAUUCGAUGUAUGUUUUUGGAGGGGGAUCCUCCUCUGAUACCACAUUCAAUGACUUGUGGCGCUUCGACUUGUCCGAAAUGAGUUGGGAACGUCCAUUGUCAAUGGGUUCCUAUCCAUCACCUAAAGGCAGCGCAUCUAUUGUCUGCUGGGGAGAGCAACUGGUGUUAUUUGGCGGUUGGCGAUACCCAUCUUUGCAUCCACCAUAUCAACCUUGGUGUCUCUUCGAUGAACUUCAUUUCUAUGACAUAAACACUAAUCGCUGGACAUUACGCAUUACUUUGUCGAGCCCCCCUCCUAUGGCAGGACAUUCUGCUAGUGUGCAUGGUGAUCGUAUGGUUAUAUUUGGUGGUUAUCAAAUUGCUGAUGGUGUGAAUAGUAACUCAAAUGAAACAUGGUGCUUGAAUCUUAACGAGUUGAAAUGGUGGCAACCUCGAUUUAUGGGUAAUACAAAACCCCCACCACGCUAUGGGCAGUUUCAAUUGGUAUUGGAUGAGUAUCACCUGUUGAUUGUUGGUGGUUGUGGUGGUCCCAACAGUGUAUACUCAGAUGCUUGGCUCUUGGACAUGUCACAAGAAUUAUGGUUAUGGCGUGCCAUACCGAUACGCAACAAAAAAUACGGAGCAACGCACAUGUGGUGUAAUCCUGCCUGUAAAAUUGGCUCUAAAUUGGUAGUGCUUGGCCCUACACCAAAUAUGCCACAAGAUUUCCAAAUGAUGAAGCAGAUGCGUGUGCCUGUUGGCGCAUACAGACGCCCAGGUGGUGGAGCACAAGGAGAUGGUGGCGUAGGCGGUGCAGCUGUAGAAAUGCCAGCACCUCGUUAUGGUGUAGUACAACAACACAAUCAAAACAAUAUCUUUGAUAGGCAAAGACUAUUGGGUGGCGGCAUACAAAUGGCAGCAGUACCGCCAAAUCCUCCCAUACAAAGACAACAACCACAGCAGCAGAGACUUGACAAUGCACGUUUAGGCGGACCGGACGAACAAUAUUUCGCCAAUCGACGUGCAAUCCUACAACAAAAUCAACAACAACAAGUUAAUAACAUAUAUAAUAAUAAUAUAAAUGAUAGCCAUAGCAACCUUCAACCACGACGUGGUCGUCUUGGUAAUUUGCAUGCAAAUUCACCAGCCUAUGCAAGGGCUGUAGAGGAGUGUAACCAAAACCGUCCAUCUUGUUCAAAUUCUGCUUCUGUACCCUCACCGUCACCGUCGCCAUCGCCAUCAGCAUCAAGUUCAUCCGGUUCUCGUACAAAUGGUACCGCCUCGCCAAGAAACGGUAAUGAGGUUAUGCCAGGUGGUAACAACUCGAACGACAUUGAAGCAGCGCACCGUUUGCAGCGAAAUUUAGCAUUACGUUGUAGGGACAACGAACCAUUAUUGCCCAAACGUUUCGACGAAUUGUAUGAAGAUCCGUUUCGAAUGGCAGCGUUUAAUGUGCAAAACCGGCCUCGUAGUGUUUCAAAAGAUCAUAAUGAGCGCAUACGUCGAAUGGAGGAAAAGAUGAAUGCUUUAAGAAAUUCAAGACGUAGUGCAAUGGUGGGUGAACCUAAAGCUAUCAAGGAGCCAUCGCCUAAACGUAUUAAACGAAACGUUCUGUCGUUAUUCGUUUGUGAUCUCUCGGCGGCAAUGGAUAAGGAUGAUCCCCAUUUGCAAUGGGUGGAGUAUAAGAAUUAUGGUGUUAUACCUGGAGCACCAGAAAGGUUGAUACUUUCUACUAUGGUUGCGGGACACGGUGAAUUGAUAUUAUUCGGAGGUGUACAUAAAGAGACGCUUGGUGAGAUAACGCAUCAAGUUUCAAAUUCGGUCCAUUUGCUAAGCGCUCCGCGCGAAAUAAUUUAAGUUGUUAUUUUAAAAGGUAAAUAUGGUAUAUUUAUAAAAUAAAGCUUACUAUCUAUAUAUACAUACAUAUAUGCGAAAAUAAGUCGUUUGUAUGUUUAGAGUAUAAUAAUACAUAAGUGUGUGUGUAUUUUUUAUUUAAUAUAUUGACUUAUUGUUCAUUCAUUGUCAAACUCUCAAUUGAAAGUCUACUUUAUCUCCACUUCAUUUCUUCUCCACACAACUUACCAAAGUGUUAUUCGGAAAAGCAUUAAUUAGUAAAACAAAAAGAUUGUUUUAUUCUCUUCUAACUGUGUUAGAGUUAAAAGUAAAAAAAAAUUGUAACUAAAUUAAAUAUUAGGCUAAGCGCAAAGAAUGCUGCCAGAAAAUCACUAAAGCUAAUAUUUCAAUAAAAACUAUAGACAAAAAUGAAAACCUUGUAAAUAUAUAUAUACAUAUAUAUGUAAUUAAAAAUAUAGAUUUUUAAAUACACUUUGCAAAGAUCGAUUCGACACUUCCUUUCGCUUUCCGGCGCAGACGUGCAUGUGUUAAACUAGAUUGGAAUAAUAGAAAUCCUGAAAAUGAAAUAGCUUAAUGGCAUGAAUAUUUAUGUGGUAUUUAAUAUAUGUUUUAUUUUUCUAUAAAUAUAAUUAAUAAAAGUAAUUUGAAUUAAAAACUA